AUGGCAGGAGUGGCCAACGGAGAGUCUGAAGUUCUGGCAGCGGCGGUAGAGGCGCUGACGAAUGACGGACCGCUGCAGGCCACGCCCGUCCGGCUCACACGGCAGGCGAGGACGGCGUCAGAGGCUGUGGUCGAUUCGGCAAGAGGUGCAGCCGUGGCGACGUCGACGGCGACACAGCGGAGCGAUCUGUCGAAAAAGGGUACCGGGCUUGCGCUGCUGAACAAGUACAUCGUCAACGCGCUCAAGGCCGUCACCGCCGGCCAGUCCUCGUCCAAGCACUACCACUACGUCCUGGCCCAGGUCUCGUCGAGCAACGCCCGGACCCGGAUCAAGUUCAUCAACGCGCUCUCGACCUGUGUCUCUUCGUUUGGAGAGGAGCAUCUUGACCUCGUCCGCACCGUGUGCGCGCUGCCCAUGUCGGGCGACGCAGACAUGUUUCGCUCGUACGCCAACUUUCUCAUCAACCUCGUCUCGGCCAACACCCGGUUCCUCCCCCCCAUCCUCGCGGCCCUCAUCCGCAACCUCAAGCCUUCGGACGAGCUCUCCGCCAACGAGCUCAAGCUCAUCCGUGCCCGGGUCCACGAGGUCCUGCAGGCCGUCCUCGCCCUCGUCCCCACCGCGCCGACCGUGCUGCAGGGUGUGCUCAUGCGCGCCUUUCCGCACCCAAUGGCCAGCCUGCUCAAGCAGACGGUGUACGUACAGAACUUGCUGGACAUUGCGCGGUACUCGCCGAUGUGUCGCAACGGCAUCGUUGCCUCCAUUGUCGACCACGUCAUCAAGCUCGAUGCCAUGACCGCCAUCGCCCGCCCCAUCCUCCUCGACCGCAUGGAAGACGGCGAGUACGAUUCUGGCGACGACGAGUCUGGCGACGACGAGUCUGGCGACGAUGAGCACGACGAGCAAGACGAGCAUGGAGGCGCGGCGCUUCCCGGCACUGCGCCGGCGGCGCCCGCUGACGACGACGGCGAGCACGGGAGGGCGAUAACGACGACGUCGAUGCUGACGACGAUGAUAACGACAACGACGACGACGACGACGACGCUGAUCCUCCGCUGA